AUGGCUUGGAAGAAUUAUGUUCGCAUUCCAUGGUUUUGUUUUACACCAACACGUCUUAUUAUUAAGCCAUUUAAAUUUAUGCGAUCAAAUCGGGUAUUUCGAUAUAUAUCAAAUGUAAGCCAAUCAAUGGCUUUUGUGGAAUUUCGUGAUGAUACAGGAUCGGCAUAUUUAUCAAAAGAACUUGUUUCUUUUUUAAAACAUUAUCUUGAAAACGGAUUCUGGUUUGGUGGUCGUCAUUAUAUUUAUUUACAUCAUGCUCAAUCUCAAGUUCGUCAGAAACAAUUUUACUUUUAUUGUGAACAAGAGGGUAAAAUGACUCGUGAAGCACUUGAAAAUUGGAUGGGUAAUUUUGAGCAUGAACGAUUACCAGCGAAGAAUACUGCUCGAAGAACACAACCAUUCUCUAGUACAGAUGCUACUAUUUCAAUUGAUAAAAAUAUCGUUGAUUCGAUUCCUGACUUGAAGACAAUAGAUGGGAAGUAUAAUUUUACUGAUGGUGUUGGACAGAUUUCAUCAGAACUGAAUCUAUUGAUCCAUAAAUCAAUUGGUAUAAAUGUUGAUCAUGGUGAUUAUAUUUCAAGUGUUCUUCAGAUUCGUUAUGGAGGUUGUAAGGGUACUAUUGCCGUUAAUCCACUACUUGAUGGACAAAAGAAACAAUUAUUAAUUCGACCAAGUAUGAAUAAAUUUGAAUGUAAACAUCAGAUACUUGAGUUAUGCAAACGUUCACUUAGACGUCAUCUUUGUCUUAAUCGUGAAGUAAUUAACUUACUUUCAUAUCGUGGUAUAUCCGAUGCACAUAUUCUUGUUGUUCAACUUCGAAAUAUCUUAUGGCUAAUGACUUCUUUUGUUUCAAAUCCAUCAGCUUUGCAUCUUCUUCAAGAAAAAAUUCUCAAUGUUUUACCAUGGUCGAAAAUUUCUUCUUAUCAACAUUUAUCAAAAGAACCAUUUUUUCGUCGUCUUCUUCUUACAACUGUCUCAAAUAAUCUUUAUCAAAUAGUAACGAGAUCUCAUAUACGUGUUUCGAAAGCACGUUAUAUGUUUGGAACUGUCGAUGAAUAUAAAGUACUCAAAGAAGGACAAGUUUUUAUUCAAAUUACUAAUGAAGAUGGAACUAAAACUGUUUUGGAAGGACCUAUUGUUAUUACUAAAAAUCCGUGUCAUCAUCCAGGUGAUUUACGUGUUGUAGAAGCUGUCAACAAUAUUUAUCUUCAUCAUCUCUAUGAUGUUCUAGUCUUUCCUCAACAAGGUUCUCGACCACAUGCAAGUGAAAUAUCAGGAUCGGAUCUUGAUGGUGAUGAAUAUAGUGUCAUUUGGGAUCCUGAACUCGUACCUAUUUCAUCCAAUCCAGUUCCAUACGAUUAUGAUUGUGAAUCGAGUCCAGAACCUCUCAAUCGUGUCGUAACACGUACUGAUCAACUGAAAGUUAUCUUAGAUAUUUGUGAACAAGACAAUCUAGGUCGAUUAAGUAAUAUUCAUCUUGUACUUGUCGAUAAGUUCGGUAUCGACAAUGAAAAAGCGACUACUUUAGCUGCUGGAAUAAGUGAAGAACUAGAUAGUGUAAAAUCAGGUCAACAUCCUUAUACAUCAGAACAAAUUAAGGAAAUUAUUUUAACAGCAGGUAAAACUCGACCAGAUUUUAUGCAAAUGUCUAACUAUAAACAGUAUCAAUCGCAAAAAGUACUUGGAAAACUGUUUCGAAGCGCUCGUCAUUUAACCGAUAUUUAUAAAAACGAAUUUUCUAACAGUAACAAUGGAGUUUUUCUUAAUCAAACUCUUCUUCACAAUGGUUAUGAAGAAUAUAUUGAUUCUGCUCGAAAUCUUUAUAAACAAUAUCAAUAUGAAAUGUUGGAAAUUAUUGGAUCAUAUGGAUUUUCAAAUGAAAUCGAUCUUUUUUGUUGUAUUGAUUCACACAAUAUGAAAGCCAAUGAACGAAGUGAUAUCCAACAAACAGCAAAAGAAUUACUAAAGGCUGUUUUUCAAAUUAUUCAACAGAAGUUUCGUGAUGAUGUUGUUUCAUUUCAUAAAGCAAAAGCUAAAGCAGCUGCUUGUUAUUAUGUGGCAUAUACAGAUACACAUGCCAAAGAUAAGUGUAUGUUAAGUUUUCCAUGGUUGUUUGCUUCUCAACUUCUCGCCGGCUAUCCUAUCUUUUCGGAAGAUGAACAAGAAACAAAUGAUUUUAUAGAAAAUACAUUCGAUUCUGAUUCAAAUUUAUAUCAUUACCUUAAACAACAGCUGCCAUCAUUAAUAAAUCUACUUCCAAAUGAAAACCAAUUCACAUUUAUGGAACUCUUAGAGAUAUGUUUUCAGAAUGCCUGUGCUACUAAUAAUGAACAGAUGAUUGAUCAUGCCGAAAUACUUAUUGAACUAUUGAUCACAACUGAAAAAACUUUAUAUUUAAACUAA